AUGAUUGCGACAGAGACGAACCAGGGUACUCAGCUACCAACGCCGGAUGCACCAGGUGCUGCAUCACCUUCGUCGCAAGAACUUGAUAACAUCUGGGCUAGUAAUACUGUUGUCCCAGAGUCUAUCACAGGCUGCGUUCAUGACUUGAUUGCUGAGGUAGCACAAAAACAACCAGAUGCUCUCGCUGUUUGCGCGUGGGAUGGAGAUUUUACCUACGCUCAACUAUCCACCUUGAGUGAUUAUGUUGCUUAUCAUUUCUGCAAAAUAGGAAUCCCGCCAAGAUCCCCAAUCACCCUUCUUUUCCCCAAGUCACGAUGGACAUCUGUCGCUAUGUUGGGUAUCAUCAAAGCGGGUUGCGCGGCCAUUGCCCUUGAUUCGAUUCAUCCAGAUGCGAGACUUCGAUCUAUUAUUGAGCAUGCGCAGCCAAAAGCAAUGAUUUGUUGCGCAGCGACUCAAAAGAGAGCAUCCUUUUUGUGCGAUUCACCCAUCCUUCAGCUCGACGAUAGUCUGCUGGAGAUUGCGGGUACCAUAAAAGAGCAGACGCUUGUUUUGCCUGUGGGAAGCGAUACCGGACUGCUUGCGCUCUUUGUGCAGAAUAAGAAUAAAAACUCCGAGACUGUCAAGACCGUGAUGAAUAACCUUGUGCGCGACCUAGAUGGUGCAUUACCAGCAUUUAUGCUCCCCAGCAUCUAUCUCCCCGUCAAAGACAUACCAGUGGCUGCCACGGGCAAAAUCGACCGGCGAAAACUACGAGAGCUAGGAGAUAGUUUGUCUUUGGAGGAACUUCUUCAAUUACAGUCAACCAUCCUUCCGGUUCAAGAAUACCGUGACCCAUCAACUGCUAUGGAGGAGCAGCUUCGUGAGCUCUGGGCGGACGUAUUGAAGAUCCCAUUGACUAUAAUCAGCACCACAGAUAGUUUCCUCCGCUUAGGAGGGGAUUCAGUUGCAGCUAUGUUGUUGGUCGCGGCAGCACGGAAUGUCAAUUUAUCCAUCACGGUGGCUGACGUGUUCAAGAGUCCAGUGCUGAGUGAUCUUGCCCUCAUUAUCAAGGAGGAUUCUUUCUCUUCUGAGGGCGAAGGAAUCGUGCCAUUCUCUCUGAUGGGCCGUCCGGCAGAUACUCAAAGAAUGUGCGAGGAGGCUGCUAAACUCUGCAAUAUCGAAUUGGCUCAAGUCGAAGAUAUAUAUCCGUGCACCGCACUCCAGCAAGGAAUGCUCUCUAUCACAGCUCGAGGCGAAGCCAAUAACGUUGCACGAACAUUGUUUGAACUUCCUAGCCACACAGCUCUCUCCCGGUUCGAAAAGGCAUGGCUAAAUACCGUUCAUCAAGCUUCGAUCCUGCGAACAAGAGUCAUCGACCUAACCAGCGAUGGUCUAGUUCAAGUUGUUGUCGACUCCCCCAUCAUGUUGGGUCGAUACGAGAGUAUCACCAACUUCAUCGAAGACUCAAUUCCAAUGGGACUUGGGGUCCCUUUGUGUCGGGCUGGCCUAAUUUCUGGGGAGUCGCCCAGUCUUAUUGUGGAAAUGCACCAUUCGAUCUUCGAUGGCUGGUCCACCAAGCUGAUAUUGGAUGCUAUUGAAGCCGAGUACUAUGAGAAGGCGACUCCCUCGCCUAUUCUGCCCUUCCAGUCAUUUGUGCAAUAUACAAAAGGGAUGAACACGGAGGCUUCAUCGCUCUAUUGGAAGAGCCACCUAGAUGGAGGGUCUGAAACAAAUACUUUCCCAUCUCCAGGGUAUCGGCAAGGGGAAAAACUUGACUUCAACCAUAACGUCUCUGAAAUUUCAUGGACACAUUCGGGGACCACACCGUCAUCACUAGUUAGAGCAACAUUGGCCCUGUUACUAGCCUCAUACACCAAUUCCAACGAUAUCAUGUAUGGAGCCACGAUCAGCGGGCGGCAGGCCGCUGUGGCCGGGAUCGAACGAAUUGCAGGACCGACAAUCGCGACUGUCCCAGUCCGCGCUAAAUUUGACUGGGAUCAAACAGUCGAGAGCUGGCUUGAACAGGUUCAGAGACAGGCAGUGGAGGCCACUGAGCACGAACAGCUAGGGUUGCAGCAGAUUGCUGGAUUAGUUGAGGAUGCCAACCUUUUCCAGCUGCUCCUGGUGGUCCAGCCGGCUCAGCAGGCAAACAGUCACGAGGUCGACAGUCUUUUCAGCCGGGCGAGUAGUGUUGUUAGCAGCUCUGACCAACCUGGCAGUUUGAAAAUUGUUUGCAAGGAUGGCGAAGCCGACACUGUGGGCAUGUAUAACCCUUAUGCGAUGAUGAUUAUCUGCCAAUUGCACGAGUCAGGAGUUGAACUGAAAAUCAACUUUGAUUCUGGUGCCAUUCCAGCCAAACAGGUCCAGAGAAUGUCAGUACAAUUUGAACAUUUGCUGCGGCAGCUAUGCUCGGGGGAGUGUACCCAUAUGAGCCUACGCAAUAUCACUGUUGUCACCAAGGACGACUUGGCUGAUAUUUGGACAUGGAACGCAGCGCGGCUGGAGCCCAAGUUUGAAUCCAUCACCGAUGGUCUGCAUCGGCAAAGCAAUGCGAAACCAGAAGCAGUUUUGAUAUCUGCGUGGGACAAGCAGUUAACAGCCCAACAGGUGCAGAGCUGGUCUGUAACGCUGGCUGCUCGACUUCGCCAUGAAGGUGUGCUUCCUGGAUCGAUCGUUAUCCUGGCCUUUGAGAAAAGUGCUUGGCAGGCAGUGAUGAUGCUUGCAGCCCUCAAAAUUGGUGCAAUAGCUCUGCCGAUGUCUGUACCAGUUUCCAAAUCUCGAGCCAUGCAAGUGAUUGAGAGUUUGCAGCCCCAAAUUGCGGUUACCUCCACCCCGUCCGAUUCAUCUCCAUUCCACAUGUUGAUCCCAGUCCUCAGCAUCGCCGACCUCAUUACUUCGGAAAUGAAAGGCUCCGAUGAUGUUGUUAAAUAUAUGCCAUAUCGUCACCUGCCCAGUGAUCCUGCUCUUCUUCUAUUUACUUCAGGCUCCACUGGAACACCAAAAGCUAUUGAAUGGAGUCACAGCGCCUUAUCAGCUAAUAUACGAGCCGCCAUCAUGGCAUUUGGACUGACUGACACGAGCCGAGUCUUCCAGUUUGCCGGUUACGACUUUGAUGUGAGCACAGUAGAGACUUUGGCUACCCUGCUUGCUGGAGGUUGCUUGUGUAUUCCAUCGGAGACAGACCGAAGGAAUCGGCUGACCGACUCAAUCAACGGCUACAACGCCAAUUGGAUGUGUCUGACCCCAUCUGUGUCAGACACCAUGAGCGCUGGUGGUUUGCCAUCUAUGAAAACAAUGGUAUUUGCGGGUGAGAAGCUCGAGCACAAGACUGCUCUUCGAUGGUUAGACGCCCAGAAAACUGUACAUAACUGGUACGGGCCAGCGGAAGCCUCGGUGGCUACUUCGUGCCUUAUAGAUUCCGACAGUUGGCGUCCAGGUAUGAUUGGGCAAGGUCGCGCCGGGCUGGCGUGGCUCGUCGAUCCAAAAGACCCCAACCUACUAGCCCCAGUGGGAGCAGUGGCCGAGUUGUGUAUGGAGGGCUCUAUGCUAGCUCAGUAUGCUGGAGCCAAUGGCGCUGAGUUGAACAAAGAGAGUUUCAUUUCCCCAUCGUGGCUGCAAGAUGGCCACUGGAAGACCCCUGGUCGACCAGGUCCAGUAUAUCGUACUGGUGAUCUGGUUACCUACGACUCGGAUGGUCGUAUCGUCUACCUUGGGCGCCUCCAGGAUUCUCAGCGAAAGAUCAGAGGCCAGCGUAUUGACCUAGGAGAAAUAGAACGGUGCAUCCAAGACUUCCUGGCCGGUUUGGUGGACACCAGGCUUGUCGCAGAGAUAUUUUCUCCGGCUUGCGGUCAUAACGAUACUUUGGCCCUUUUCAUCAGUCCUACUGAUGCCGUUGAUCGCGCAGAUCCUCAGGCAUAUCUUCAAAUCGUAUGGCCGGUCGAUGCUCUGGAGAAUCAUCUUGCCAGCAUUCUUCCAUCUUAUAUGAUUCCCAGGAUGUACAUACCGCUUAGUGAACUUCCUAUCGGUCCGACAGGAAAGACAGACAGGAGAAGAUUACGCGAAAUUGGAGGUUCCCUCACCUUGGCACAAUUGGCGGAAAUGCAACCAACUCGAAAGCAAGCCAGAAAGGUCAGCACUGAGAACGAGAAAUUAUUACAGCAAAUGUGGGCUCAUGUGCUGGGGGUUGAGCCGGAUGUCAUCUACGCGACCGACCACUUCCUUCGCUUGGGAGGAGACUCGAUCAGCGCUAUGCGCCUCGUUGGAAUGGCCCGUACGAAGCGCUUUUCUCUCACUGUUGCCGAUGUGUUCGAUUUCCCCGAGCUAGCGAAGAUGGCGGAGAAAAUGAUUCACGGCGAAAGUCAUGUGGAUAUGCAAGACAUUCCAGCAUUCUCACUUUUACCCCGUGGGGUGGACGAGUCACACUGUCGAUCGUAUGUGGCUCAAAUUUGUUCGGUCUCGCCAGAUCGAGUUCUUGAUAUCUACCCCUGUACAGCACUUCAAGAGGGAUUGCUGGCGCUGGGGGCCCGAAGAAAUGGGCAAUAUGUAUCUCGUAGUGUAUUGCCACUUCAAAGCGAUAUUAAUCCAGACCGACUCAAAAAUGCCUGGGAGAGGACAAUCGCCAAACUCUCUAUUAUGCGAACCCGAAUCGUGGAUCUCCCUGGCAAAGGGCUUGUGCAGGUCGUCCUCAAUGACACACCUUGGAGAUCUGGUCAAAACAUCCAGCAGUACUUGCAUGACGAUGAGACGGAGCCGAUGGCUCUAGGAACCCAGCUUUGCCGUGCGGCCAUCAUCGAUAGCACGUUCAUAUUCACUAUUCAUCACUGCUUGUACGAUGGCAGCUCACUGCCCAUGGUUCUCGAAGAACUCCAGGCUCAGUAUUACAAUCAGCCAGGAAGGACGGUUACUGGAGUGGAGCAUUUCAUUCGCCAUUUGAGUCAGAUAAAUACCCAGGAAUCGGACGCUUUCUGGAAGGCCCAGCUAUCUCGCGCUGAGUUCCGUUCCUUCCCUAUCCUACCAUCCAGCACGUAUGAGCCACAAGCCAGUGAAUUUAUGGAGCAUCCGGUUGCCCUAAACUGGCCGUCCAAGGGAGCAACACCAUCCACAAUCCUCCGCGCAGCGUGGGCAGUCCUCUCGUCGCAAUAUGUGGCCUCCAGUGAUGUGAUCUUUGGGGUGACAGUGAGUGGACGACAGGCAAAUAUAAACGGCAUGGAGAACUGCGUAGCGCCAACUAUUGCAACGGUUCCAAUUUCUGUGUCGAUUGAUUGGGAGAAUACGGUUGAGACAUUCCUCCAAGGCCUCCAAAAACAGGGGUUGGAUAUCAUGUCUUAUGAGCAAUACGGCUUGCCAAACAUUCAACGAGCCAACGGGAAUCGCAAUGGUGGGUUGUUCCAGACUUUGCUGGUGGUUCAGCCAAUAACCAAAGGGAACAGCCUGCAUGAAGAUAGUCGGUUGUUCAAGGCACGGAGCUUUGCCUCCAAUUUGAGCACCUUGGGGAUCGAUCCAUUCAAUGUGUAUGGCUUGAUGGUUAUCUGUCAGCUUACCACCUCGGGACUCAACAUUCAAAUGAGCUUUGACCCAAACAUCACCGACAAGCGGCAGAUUAAAAGGAUAGUCUGUCAGCUGGAGACAGUCAUUCGCCAGUUGUGUACAAGGUCUCCGGAUAAGACGACACUGAACACCAUCCAGACAGCCAGUGAGCUCGACCUGGAGCGCUUCUGGACCCAGAACGCCGACCUACCCCCGGACCCAACCACAUUUGUACAUGACAGGAUUAGUCUAUGUGCCAAAAUAGACCCCGAGGCUAUCGCCAUUGAUGCAUGGGAUGGCCAGUUCACAUAUGGCGAGCUCGACCAGAUCUCUACCGUUGUCGCGCGCAAGUUAAUUCUGCAUUUGGGAGUCACGAAAGGGUCCGUUGUGCCCUUGUGCUUUGUGAAGUCUCGAUAUAUGCCACUGGCUCAGGUUGCCGUUUGGAAAGCCGGUGGAGUGACUCUGCUACAAUCAGCAGACAUGCCAGAGCAGAGAAUGAAUCGUACUUUCCAGCAUCUUGGUGUAGAGGUUGCCCUGGCUUCACCCGGGCGCUUGGCGACAGUUUCGAAGUAUGCUCGCUGUAUUACCAUGGAGCAAAUUUUGGAGACCCCAUUGGAAGAAAUUAUCACACCACUACCUGUCCUGGAUAUGGAUAGUCCGGCCUCAAUUCUGGUGUCCUCCGGAAGCACUGGUGAACCAAAACAUGUUCUCUGGAGUCACCGAGCUCUGGCUGCAAACGCAGAGGAACCGACUCUGCGUUUGUCGGUAACCCCCUCUUCGCGCAUGUUUCAAUUCUCAUCGUACGAUUUUGAUGUCGCGACGCUGGAAACAAUAAUUGGGCUGACUCAUACGGCCUGUCUGUGUAUUCCAUCUGAAGCUCAACGCCUCGACGGUAUCGCGGCUGCAAUUAAUCAUUUCGGGGCGAACUGGGCAUUUAUCACCCCGUCCACCGCCCGGUUGCUGCGUCCGCAAGAUGUACCGGGGUUGUCCACUAUUGUGAUGGGGGGUGAAAACGUGUUGCAGGGCGACGUUGAAAGGUGGAAAGGGAGCUGUGCUGUCCGCAAUUGGUACGGGCCUGCCGAAUUCCCUGCAGUUACCGUCUAUCCGGCAGAUGAGCCCAAUUGGUCCAGCGGUGUAAUUGCACACAUUGACUUGUGCCGCUGCUGGCUUGUAGAUCCUCAAAACCAACAGAGACUUGUUCCAUUUGGUGCGAUCGGCGAGAUCGUGGUGCAGGGGCCUGCAGUUGCUAGUGGCUAUGUGGGAAAUGCAUCUCUUACAGACAAGCACUUCUACCAAAACCCCACAUUCCUCUCUCGUGGGUUCGGGGCAACUCGUCCAGGAAGGCAGGGUUGUGUCUAUCGAACAGGGGAUCUAGCCCGAUACGACUCCGACGGCUAUCUGGUGUUUUUGGGGCGAAAGGACUCUCAACUCAAAGUACUUGGUCAAUUAGUGGUGCCAAAGGAGGUCGAGACCCAAAUUCAACGAUGUCUUGAUCGGCCAGGCGAACAUACUGAGGUCAUUGUCGAUACCAUCCCGCCCCCAGGUGGAGGCGGAAUGAUACUCGUGGGGUUCGUCGUCACCCAAGAGGAUAUCGACCAACUAACCAGUGGACUCAACCAAAAGCUCCAGGCGGUUCUUCCUCGAUAUGCAGUCCCCUCGUGGUAUAUCGCACUUCCAAGUGUUCCUUUGACUACAAACGGGAAGCGAGAUCGAAGGCGGCUGCUUGAGAUUGCUGCGUCGUCCACUCCAUCCAGCCAAGGAUCCACGGGACGGCUACCAGCCACAACCGCCGAGAUCACGUUAGCGAGGUUAUGGUCUCUUACUCUAGGGAUCGAACCGGAGACAAUCUCGGCCAUCGAUAGUUUCCUGCAGGUUGGCAACUCCAUUGAUGCUAUGCGAUUGGUAGGUACCGCUCGCCAACACGGCCUGUUGCUUACUGUCGCCGGGGUGAUGGAAUUUCCCAUCUUAGAAGCGAUGGCCAGCCUCCUGCAAAACUUGGAGGAUGCACCAGAUGACAGCAUUGAGCCUUUUACGCUGUUGGAUCAUGGCCAAGACCUGAAGCUAGCCCGCCACCAGGCAGCAUCCGCUUGUACUGUCAAUGAGGAUGACAUUGAAGAUUUAUUCCCUUGCACCUCUCUCCAGACAGGUUUGCUAGCUUUAACAAUCAAGUCCCAAGGUGAUUACACCGGUCGCAAUGUGCAGGAGCUAGCCCCUUCGAUAGAUGUCCGCCGCUUCGAACACGCCUGGGAAGAGCUGGUGCGCAUAGUGCCUAUCCUUCGCACACGUAUAGUCGAUCUUCCUGGGCAGGGAUUUGUUCAAGCCGUGAUCCGGGAGAGAACAGAUUGGAGCAAGGCCGGGAGCGUGGAAGAAUACCUGAGCCAGGACCGUCAGUAUCCCAUGGGGUUGGGUACUCCUCUCAUGCGUUGUGGGUUGUUCUCAUGCAAGUCAAAUCAUGAACCAUCUGGUGCUUCCGGCCCAGUGCGCUGGUCUUUUGCAUUGACAAUGCAUCAUUCGAUAUAUGAUGGGCCGGCUUCAGCUAUGAUAAUGGGCACGCUAAAGAGUCUUUACUAUGGAGCAACCCCUCUUCGAUUAUGUCCCUUCCAGUCAUUCGUCAAAUACGUCUCCAGUCGGAAUAAGGAAGCCGGUGCCAAGUUUUGGAAGACACAAUUUGAAGGCUGUGAAGCUUCGCAAUUCCCACUGCUUCCCUCGGCUAGUUAUCAGCCAAGAACGAAUUCCACCCAAACUGUUGUAAUCAACAAUGUUAAAUGGCGAACAGAUGGGUUCACUCCUUCAACCAUAAUCCGUGGAGCAUUCAGCCUCGUGUGCGGCCAAUAUGCGAUCUCGUCUGACGUGGUGUUCGGCACAGUCGUCAUGGGUCGUAAAGCCCCCAUUCAGGGCACGGAGAGAAUUGCAGGCCCAACCAUUGCCACAGUUCCUGUUCGUGUGCAAAUCAAACUCGACGCCACUAUCCCGCAAUUUCUCCAAUCUAUCCAGGAUCAAGAGCGAGAGAUGAUCCCUCAUGAGCAAACAGGAUUGUCGAACAUCCGGCAAGUCAGCACUCCCGCAGAAGAGGCAUGUCGCUUCCAGACCUUGCUCGUGAUCCAACCACCCGAGCAGACUAUGGACGAUACUGGCUUGUUUGUAUGUCGGACCGCUGAACAGGAUGAGGCCACCCGAUACCAUAGCUUUAGCUCUUAUGCGUUAUCGGUAGUGUGUAACCUAGAGCCAAGUCGGCUGAAGGUCGAGUUCUGCUAUGACUCCGCCAUUGUUCAGUCCGAAACUAUUCAAACCAUGGCAGCGCACCUGGAUCAGGCCCUUCGGAGCAUGUGCACACAGAAAUUGCCUCAUACUUCGCUGGGAGAUGUAAACAUGAUGACCCAGUCUCAUCUGAAUGACAUCUGGACCUGGAACGCAAAAUUGCCUACCACUAUAGAUCGAUGCAUGCAUGAUCUAAUCAAGCAAGUUGUACAAUGCCAGCCUGACUCGGUGGCUAUCUCUGCAUGGGAUGGUAGUUUAACAUAUGCUGAGUUAGAUCAGCUGUCAACCAGGCUCGCAGGUUACCUGGUACGUAUGGGAGUGAAAAGGAACGUGAUUGUGCCGCUUUGCUUUGAGAAAAGCUUGUACGCCAUGGUUGCAGUGCUUGCCGUUAUAAAAGCUGGUGGUGCCACCCUCCUCUUGGAUCCAUCACUGCCUGAUAUUCGUCUUGAUGACAUAUUGCGGCAGGUAAAUCCCACUUUGCUAUUGUCAUCAAUCUCCCAGGAACAUCGCUGCUUACGAUGGGUGGCCCACCCAGUGGCCUUGGGGAAGGGAUCUACCUUCUUUGAGGCCGAUGUGAUGAAUGGGGACCCCGAAAGUCACGACCUGCCGUCUGUAUCUCCAGAUGAUCUUUUAUACACCGUCUUUACAAGUGGCAGCACCGGAACUCCCAAAGGAUGUCUCAUGCAUCACCAACAAUUCACCAGUGCAGUGGUCCACCAGCAAUCCACGCUUGAAAUGAAUUCAACGACGCGUCUAUAUGAUUUCUCUUCCUAUUCAUUUGAUGCGGUCUACUGGUGCCUCUUUCACGUAUGGAACGCCGGGGGCACGUUAUGUAUCCCCAGCGAGGAAGAACGGAAAAGCGAUCUGACCGAGAGCGUGCGCCGGUUUGAGACCACGCACAUUUUCUUAACCCCCUCCACUGCACGGUGGAUAGACCCGCAGCGUACUCCUACCCUGCGCUAUCUCUUUCUUGGAGGCGAGGCGGUCUUGCCAGAGGAUCUCGCUCGAUGGGCCCCACAUGUCAACGCAUUUGAGGUAUAUGGACCUUCGGAAUGCUCUGCUAUUACCCUCUAUCAUCGAGUUCCCAAGACAACAGCCGCUGCGGUACACUCCAUUGGGAAGGGCAUCGGCGUUCUGACCUGGGUGGUGGACCCAGGGGACCAAGACCGACUGGCACCUCUUGGAACUGUAGGUGAGCUGUAUCUCGAGGGACCUCUAGUGGGACAAGGUUACUUCCAGAAUGAAGAGAAAACAGCAGCAGCCUUCAUUGAGAAUCCAUACUGGCUAGGUCAGGGCUCCCCUAAUGGAAAAGUUCCGGGGCGGCGUGGUCGGAUGUAUAAGACUGGUGACCUCGUCAAAUAUCAUCCACUCACUGGAAAUCUUGCGUUCGUGGGCCGAAAGGACACACAGGUUAAACUGCGAGGCCAACGCAUUGAGCUUGCAGAUGUUGAGCAUCAUGUCAUGCAGUGCCUAAUGGAUCGAUCUUUGUCAGGAGCUGCGCCAACAGCAGUGGCAGAGGUUAUAGAGCCAAUAGCCACAGGCCGGCCAAUGCUUGCCGUAUUCAUUGACUGCGAUCAAGCACACCUAGCCGCCUUGUUGCCCUAUCUUGAAGCUGAGUUGCCGCACCGGGUUCCGUCUUACAUGGUCCCUGCAACUUAUAUCGCAACCCCAUCUAUGCCCAUGGCGGCGAGUGGCAAGACAGACCGACGACGGUUGCGCGAGAUGGGUUCCAGUUUGACUCUAGAACUAUUGGCGCGCAGUGAUGCUCCUGCAACUACGUUGCCCCCAAGCACAGCCUCUGAAUGCCACCUACAAACCUUAUGGGUUGAAGUCCUCGGUGUACCCGCCGAGAAAAUUGGGGCAGAGAGUAGCUUCGUUCGUCUGGGUGGCGACUCCAUUUCGGCGAUGCGGUUGGCCUCCUUGGCUCGUAUGCAAGGGCUGUCCUUGUCAGUUCAUAAUAUUCUCACCACGCCUCGAUUGUCCGAAAUGGCACAGGCAAUUUCUGCCUUGUCUCCGAAAGAUACCAAGGAGAUGGAAGUGGUCAGUCCCUUCUCUCUCCUAGAGUACCCCUCGGAACAUAAGGUCAUCUUGGAUGACUUCGCGAGCCAAUGCCAGAUCCGUAACAGCCAAAUUGAAGACAUCUUCCCCUGUACGGGUGUCCAAAAAUCGCUGCUCUCCAUGACUGCCAAACGCGCCAACUCGUAUGUUGCUCGACUCUUGCUCAAACUGAGGAAGAAUGUCGACGAGUCGCGUCUCAUGAAUGCGUGGGAAAUGGUGAGUAGAGGUUCUGCCUCCAUCCUUCGUUCACGAAUUGUCGACUGUCCAACAGAGGGUCUCGUGCAAGGUAUUGUGGACGAACCGCUGCACUGGGACGUCCCUCAACCGCUGCAGCAAUAUCUCCAAAAAUAUCGAAACAGGCCCAUGGGUCUGGCCACCCCAUUAACUAGGCUUGUCAUUGUUGAAGAUGAACUCAACCAGGAACGUUACUGUCUGCUCACUCAGCAUCAUGCGAUAUAUGAUGGAUAUUCAUUGAACCUUCUCGUGGACGAGGUGUCUAAAGCUUAUGAUGGAGUCCUUGACGAGCAAGCCCCAGUGGCAUCAUUCCAAGCUUUCAUCAGACAUGUCAUAGCGGUUGAUGCUGAGAAGGCAAAGGACUUUUGGAGUCGUGAAUUUGCAGAUUUCGAAGCAAUCCCCUUUCCAGCAUUGCCUCAUGCGGAUCAUCAACCCAAAGCAGAUAGCACAGUACGACGCAAUCUGGAGAAAUUCCAGUGGCCACAGCGAGAUGUCACUCCGUCAACUUUAAUUCGUGCAUCAUGGGCCAUCCUUACUGCGCGGUACAUGGAUUCGGACGAUGUGGUUUUCGGCGCCAUGGUUACGGGCCGACAAGCUCCUCUGCAAGGUUUGGACCGCAUGGUCGCGCCUCUUAUAAAUGCUGUGCCUAUCCGAGUCAAACUUGACUUCCAAGAAUCGGUCGAUAAUCUGCUCGCUAACAUCCAAAAGCAGUCCAUCGACAUGAUUGCCUACGAACAGACUGAGUUGCUCACAAUUCGGCGCAUUGAUACAAACACUGAUCGCGGAAGCCGUUUCAAUACUCUUCUCGUUGUUCAGCCCGCUAUUCAAGGCGAGUCUGACGAUCAUCCUAAUGGCCCCUACGAGCAUCCCAGACAAUUAGUCUCCGCAACUCAGGACCUGGAUGACUCCAAUCCAAACGCUAUCAUGAUCAUGUGCCAACUUACCAACACGAAUGGUCUGCAACUUGAGUUCAGCUUUGAUUCUAUGGUGGUGGAUCCAGCGCAGAUGGAACGAAUUGCCUCUCAAUUCGAGCACGUCUUGCGUCAAGUAUGUAUCGCUACGACGCAGCCUGUCGACCACGUUCAAACUCUCAGUGGCGCCGACCUGGCAGAGCUAUGGAAGUGGAACUCGUCUGUCCCCCCGGCAAUUCCUAAAUGCGUGCACAGCUUGAUCAGUACAACUGCUCAGAAGCAUGGAGACCAGCCAGCCAUCUGCGCCUGGAACGGCAAUUUAACGUAUUUCGAGUUGGAUGAACUGUCCAAUCAGUUGGCCUCGCACUUGAUGGCUUUUGGUGUUGGUCCCGGUACCGUCAUUCCACUUUGCUUUGAGAAGUCCAUCUGGCAUCCAGUGGCAGCUCUUGGGGUGAUGAAAUCAGGUGCUGCGUGUCUCUCAAUGGACUCCACUCAACCAGAAUCCCGACUGCAGUCUAUCGUCAGACAAGUCAAUCCUCGGGUUAUCCUAGCAUCGGCAAAAACCGCAGGAUUAGCAAGUCGUUUAUCUGAUGCUGAAGUCAAGGUGAUUGACCAAGAUUACCUCGACUUAGUGGCUAAAGAUACUCCGGUCCAGCCUUUGCCCACAGUUCACCCAUCCGAUGUUCUAUACGUGGUAUUCACCAGCGGCUCUACGGGAACACCUAAAGGUGUCGUCACUACACAUCAGAAUUUUGCAUCUGCUGCAGUGCAUCAAGCAGAGAUGCUACGUAUUCAACCAGGCACACGCGUAUUUGACUUUGUCUCGUACAGCUUUGAUGUAUCAUGGUCCAACACCCUUCAGACAUUGAUUCGCGGAGGCUGUCUUUGUAUUCCCGACGAGUUGGAUCGUCGAAAUGACAUUGCGGGGGCAUUCAAUCGCAUGAAUUGCAACUAUUCCUACUUUACACCCUCUGUGGUGCGAUCUUUGGAGCCAUCGAGUAUGCCUAAACUCAAAACCUUGGCCAUGGGGGGCGAACCCAUCCCUACCACUGAGGUUGCUCGGUGGAAACAGACUGAGGCUGUCAUUGGAAUCUACGGUCCGGCUGAAUGCGCACAGGCCCUCACGUUUGCACCUCUACGGUCUAACGGACGAAACAAUCAUGUAGGGUACUCAUAUGGAGCCCGGACAUGGCUGGUGCAACCGGGCCGCCCCGAUCGUCUGGCCGCAAUUGGCGCUGUGGGAGAGCUUCUCAUUGAGGGUCCCACGGUCAGUCGAGGAUAUUUCGAUGACUCUGACAAGACUGCUGCUGCGUACAUUCAAAAUCCAUCCUGGUUGUUGGAAGGCUCACCAAGCCUUCCCGGCCGUCAGGCCACCCUAUACAAGACGGGUGACCUACUUCGAUACAACUCAGAUGGGUCGCUGGAUUUCCUCGGCCGUAAGGAUGGUAUGGUCAAACUUCGAGGCCAGCGAAUUGAGCUGGCUGAAGUUGAAUACCAUAUCCGUGCUAACCUCCGCCAUCCUGAUCUAUGUGAUGGCCUUGCGGCAGAGAUUAUUACCCCGAGCAAUAGCAGUCCCAUUCUCGCCGUCUUUUUUGCCCUAUCUCCCCCUGAAGAGGAGUGGUCCGAAGAAGCCACUUUAUCGAAGCUGACGCGUUUGAUCGACGGUUUGGAGGAUAGGCUUUCCAAUUCUUUACCGCAAUACAUGGUUCCUGGCGCCUACAUCCCCAUCAACAAGAUUCCAAUGACUACCACCGACAAAACAGAUAGAAGAACUCUACGGCAGUUGGGAGCUGUUCAGACUUUGGAAAAACUAGCAAAACUGCAGUCUCACGGGAAUACCCAUCAUGCACCCACGACAGUGAUGGAACAGAAACUACAAGUACUGUGGUCUGUGGUUCUUGGAAUAGAUCCGAAAAUUAUCAAUGUCGACAGCAACUUCCUCAGAAUUGGUGGAGAGUCCAUCGCAGCCAUGCGACUGGUGGCAGCAGCACGAAAUGAGAAGCUCACGCUCACAGUCGCGGAUAUUUUCAACGCGCCACGGCUCUCUCAACUCGCCCUUUUAGUUCAGGAGGCCACUGAGGAGGAGUCCCUGCCAUUGUUGCGACCCUUCGCUUUGCUCAAGGCGAAUGAUCCAAAGCACUUCUUCGCUGACUUUAUUGAUCCGCUCCUCGACCCAGGGGCUGGGAACGUUAUUGAUGUCCUUCCUUGCACCGACUUCCAAGCCUGUGCAAUUUUGGAUGCUUUCCAAGACCCGCCCAGCCGAUUGCCUCAUUGGAUCUUCGAUCUCCCAGCAGAUGUCGACUUCUCACGGUUAGAGUUGUCGUGUCGCAAGCUAGUAGACCAUUACGACAUCCUUCGUACGGUGUUCGUUCAAACGCAUGGUCGAUUCUGGCAGGUUUUGCUCGAACAUUUGAAUCCCGCAUAUGACAACUUCCAGGCAAGUCAUGAGGAUGAUGUGACAACCUUCGUCGAUUCCAUUUGUGAGCUAGAUCGAAAGCGGAUUCGAGCCUUUGGCUCUUCCUUCAUUCGAUUCAUGGCAGUACGGAGUCCCUCUGGGAAACACCGACUCAUUUUCCGGAUCUCGCAUGCCCAAUUCGACGGAUUUAGCUGGGAAACUGUUCUCUGCAGUCUCUCUUCACUCUAUUGCGGCGACACUCUCCCUGACCAACCCAAGUUUGCUCAAUAUAUCACCUAUAGGGAGGAUAAGAAGACAGACGCCUUUGCCUAUUGGACCUCGCGCCUCAAACACACUCCAAAUCCCAAGUGGAGUAGUAUAGAUUAUUCCAACCAUGUGUACACUACCAAGGACCGGCUGACGGUAAAAGCGACGAUCCCAAUGCCUGAAGGGCAGUUGGUUGAGGGGAUGUCGCCCGCAACUUUAUUCCAUGCCGCAUGUGCCAUGGUAUUAUCCCACCAGUAUCAGCAAGUUCACGUUGUAUUUGGUCGCCUGGUCACUGGCCGGUCGAUGCUACCGACCAGUCUGCAAAAUGUGGUCGGUCCAUCUAUGACCGAAAUCCCUAUCAGCGUGCACAUUGAUGACCAUGCUACUCUUUCGGGCAUUGCAUUGCAAUUACAGCGUCAGCUAAUUGAGGAUUCCCGAUACGAAACCGCCGGGAUGGAAGAAAUUAUCCGAAACUGCACCGAUUGGCCAGAUGACACAAAGGACUUCGGCUGGCGGACCUCCUUCCAGCAAGAAGAUGAUCGUAACUUCACUUUCCUUGGAACAGAAAGUCGAAUAUCAUUCUACGAGGCAGAUCUGCUGCCUCGAAACCGACCGGAAAUAUAUGCUACCCCACGGGAUGGGAAGCUGGAUCUUGAAUUUGAGGGUAAUCGCCAGUUGAUCAGUGAGGAUGAUGUUCAACGUUUCAUUCAAGGUCUGAAAACAGUGUUGAGUGUCGUUUGA